GAGCUAUUGAGCUGACUGAAAAACAUACAGCAAUCAGGACUUUAUGAGUAUAAAAUCUUCGGUGUUCUUGCUGACUGUUCCCCAAAACUGUGUGCAGAUGUCUAUAUGGAUUUAGAUUUCAGAAAACAAUGGGAUAAGUAUGUUAAAGAACUGCAUGAGAAAACAUACAAUGGUGAAAAAGUAAUCUACUGGGAAGUGAAAUACCCUUUUCCUCUCUCAAACAGAGAUUAUGUCUAUAUUCGUGAAUGUCGAGAGAUGGAUGUUGAUGGGCGGAAGAUCUGGGUUGUGUUAGCUCAAAGUGUGUCUGUUCCUCAGUGCCCUGAAAAGCCUGGUAUUAUCAGAGUUAAAAGCUAUAAACAAAGUUUGGCAAUUGAAAGUGAUGGCAAAACGGGAUCUAAAGUCUAUAUGUACUAUGUUGAUAAUCCUGGUGGCAUGAUUCCAUCAUGGCUGGUCAAUUGGGCUGCUAAGAGUGGUGUGCCUGCUUUCUUGAAGGAUAUGCAAAAUGCUUGCCGUAAUUAUUCUAAGAGCACGUAGGUCGAAGUUAGUCUUGUUUAAUUCCUAGAGCUCUGCACAUACUGGAGUGGCUAUUAUAUAUUACACUGGAUAAAAUCUACCUCUAAUA